GAAAUCAGUCAUGAUACUAAAAAAUUCCGAUUUGGGCUACCCUCAGCAGAUCAUGUAUUAGGAUUACCUGUAGGCCAACAUGUUUACCUUUCUGCAAAAAUCGAUGGCAAUCUGGUGAUUCGAGCCUAUACCCCAGUUUCCAGUGAUGAGACAAAAGGUUAUGUUGAUUUAAUCAUUAAGGUCUACUAUAAAAAUGUGCAUCCCAAGUUUCCAGAAGGUGGGAAGAUGUCCCAGUACCUGGAUAACAUGAUGAUUGGAGAUGCCAUUGAUUUCCGAGGGCCAAAUGGACUCCUGGUCUAUAAGGGAGCAGGUACCUUUCUUAUCAAGCCUCAUAAGAAGUCUGAAGCAGAGAAGAAGUUUGCAAAGCAUGUUGGGAUGAUAGCUGGAGGAACAGGAGUAACUCCUAUGUUGCAGCUGAUUCGUCAGAUCACAAAUGAUCCUAAGGACUCCACAAAAUGUUAUCUUCUUUUUGCUAAUCAGACAGAAAAAGAUAUAUUGCUGAGAGCUGAGCUAGAAGAGAUUGCAAAGAGGCAUCCGGAUCAGUUUGUGCUUUGGUAUACACUGGACAAACCUCCUCAAGAUUGGAAGUACAGUUCUGGCUUUGUGACUGCAGAGAUGAUUAAAGCUCACCUCCCUGCCCCUGGCAGCGACACGCUCGUUCUCAUGUGUGGACCACCACCCAUGAUACAGUUUGCCUGUCAGCCCAACCUGGACAAACUUGGCUAUGCCAAGAGCAGUACCUUUGCUUAUUAACUGCUGCCAUCAGCUAUCUUUUUUUAAAGACCAUGGAGAUUGUGGACCAGAAUCCGU